GAUUGUAAUUAUUCACUCAUUGUCUACAUAUUUUCGUGGUUUCGUGUUGAUGUGUUUAGGUGAGAAGCAGUGAGAAGUUGUUGUUGGUUGUUGUGCUACGAGCCACUCGAAGUAUUACCACUUCAUUCAAAUUGGUGAACUCCCAUCGCGCAUAACGGCAUUAUUUACGUUGCAUCGGAACCUUUCUGUGCGAUCAGAAAGUAUUUGAAAUGAGUAUAGAACGGUAAAGAGCGUCUAAAAAUACCAUCGGAAAUUAUCAAUCUUGUGGAAUUGGCACAUUUCACUUGCAAAAAGCAUUCUUUUACGCUUAUUAAAAUCUAAUUAGAAUCAAUUAAAGAACAAUAAAAAAUGUGGAUGCCUACACAUGUACAAGUCACAGUGCAAAGAGCCACUGAUCUUCUGGUCAAAGGGAAGAACAAUACGAAUGAUUGUUUUGUAACAAUUGCCCUUGGCAAAACCAAAUACCAGACAUCCGUGAAGAAGAAAGCUGAACCAUCUGUGGAAUGGCAUGAAGAAUGUGAACUUCCAAUACCUGAACAAGGGAAUACUGCUGAAAUAGCAUUAACAGUUUUGCACCAAAACUUUCUUGGUGUUGAUGAAUUCUUAGGUAGAGUCACUAUACCUCUGAAUACAUUGGAUACCUAUGAAAGGCCUAAAAACAGAUGGUACACUUUACAGAGUAAACCAGGCAAAGAAGAUAAAUCCAAAGAACGAGGUAAGUUAGAAGUCAAGGUUGCGUUCACGGUUAAAUCUGGUAGUUUGACGGACCUUAGCAAGAAAGAGAAACACAAGUCUUCAGUAGGUCAGUUAUCGCAGAUGGCGCAUUCCGUUGGCGGAAGCCUUCUGAGCAUUGGUAGCGUAGAUAAGAGGAAGGGCCUUAAGAAAUUUGCAAAAUCCAUUGGUUCAAAGAUGCACUUGAAAGGCAAAAAGAAGGACGACUUUGACGACAAUUCGUCUAUGGGUAGUGUUGCUAGUCUGAGACGAAGCACUAUUGCGAUUGAGCCAAGUUUUAAGAGCAAACAGACGUUUGAAGAUGCUGAUCCAGGAGUUGUCAGUGACGAGGAAGAUGACUUCAUGUUUGACGAUCUGUCUCAUAAGAGUUCGGCAAGCUCCUUAAACCAACCGCCGCAAACGCCAAAGCUGUUUGAGUCAAAUGACACCUUGGACGAAUCGAUGAGAAGGAAAACACUUCCACCCAGCAAACCUCCAAGAUUCGAAGCGAAAACUGAUGAAUGGGAGAUGAAGUUAAAUAAGAACAAGUCAAAUUUGAAGCCUAGUAGCCUGGAGAACUUGAAUAGAAGAUCUUGGGAGUCUCCAAAAUUAUCCACACGAAUCGAAGAGGAGGAUAUCUCCGAGCAACAGGAAGACUGGGUCCCUGGCGAUUCUGUGAGCAUCAAAUCAAAAUCACCCGAGUUGGCCCCAAAAAUUGAAAAAGAAAGCAUUAUUACAAAAUUACGGAACUUGAGAAAAGAUAAAAAUGACGAUAAAACCGAUAAGAACAAUGAGCGCGUUAUCAUCGGCGGUGAGAAUGACUCACCCGUGACCACAAACAAUAGAAUUUCUAACGAACUGCUGCAAAAAUUUGAAGGAAAAUCUAGAGAGGAUGUAAUUCUGAUGCUGUGCGAGGUGCAGUCGGACCUGGACCACAACAAGAAGAAGCUCAAAGACUUAGAGGAUUAUCUAGACGACCUGUUGCUCAGAGUGAUGGAGACGACUCCGAGGAUACUGCAGAAUCCGCCUCUCUCCCACCAGUACAUCAACAAUGCGUCAUUGUGAAAAGCAAAACAAACAAUAAAAUUACGUAAACAUCACUCGGUGCUUUGAUAACUACUGAUUCUGGAGAGAAUUGUAGUAUUUUUUUGUUAAAGCAUCCAUAUAGUAGUUAUUGGUGGGAGGGUUUAACGAUUCUCCGCAAGUAAGUUGACCCGAAAGUUCAAUAUUUAAUCAUCUAUGAUGUAUUAAUAGAUGCACAUUGAAACGUAAUUUGGUCAAAUUAAGAUGUGCUUCGUAACUUGCGAAUUGGUUUUUAGGACAUCCAUUUCCAUUAACACAUCGCAAGUGUGAUAUUUUACACAUACUUCUCUAAUAGCUCUAACAACUAUUAUACUAUUUUUUUCCCCGUUUUUUUUUCUUUUCCAGUGGAUAAUUCAAAUGCCAAAUCAUUUUAUUACCUGAUGAUUGUAUACUUGUUAUAUGAAUGAAUCGUAAUAUUUCUGUGAUUCUAAAACAAAAAAUAAUAAAUAUAUAUAUAUGUAUAUGUUUAUAGCUAUGACUAAAAAGAAAACGGUUAGGUUGAUUUUAUAAGCUUUAAAUUAUUUAUAUUUAACUAACAGACAUUUAUCGUUGGUUAUUGUUCUUCGAUGAACUAAUAUUUUAUUGAACAUGUAGUAUUUACUCAUCAUUAUGUUUAAUUGUAGUCUUCCCACAAAAGGUUUGUUUGUAUUAUUAUAUAGCUACUGUUUUCCUCUGAUCACAAAAAAAACGCCUUAAUUAAUGUGUCUUAAUAUAUUUCAAUAUUCAAAUUUGGGAAAGAAGGGCCUU